CACUUCUGAUUGGACCAAAACCCUGUCAAUCAAGCGAGUCCUGAUCAACAAUAACUUUCGCAGAAACGAAGACAUCGCGAUUAUUACGAUGCAGAUUUUAGGAGAAUAUGAAUAUGCAAACUGAAAUAAACCCCUUCCGCGUAUAAAGCAAUCCUUGGGUGAAACCGCUACAAAGAGUUAUAGCUUCGACACAUUGGUUCUUCUUGCAUAAAGGUCAGUGCCCAAAGUCUGUGGGUCAGUGUGUCUCCGAUUUUUUUUUUUUCGGGAUAGUUUGACUUGUGGCUGUAAUCCAGGAAAUGUGGAAGGCGGUCCACAAUGGCUACUUAUGACGAUGUCUGAAAUGAAAAGAGCUUCUCAGUCUAAGUAAGUCUAAGCAAGUGUUUGUCUGCUACAAAAGGAAUGAUGGCUGCAUCUUUCAGCCGCAAGUCUUUAUCGGUGUUACGGACUGCUAAUAAGUAUGGCUUUCCCACACCAAAAGAAACACGUUGCGAGAGUCGUCUGCUACGAGAAAUCGAAAAACGAAUGCAGCUUUUUUCUACAGUGAGAGGUUACUUCUCUCAGAAAAGACCAGAUCGUGAGGCAUUUGCAAGUUGUGGGCAAGCACGAAAGACACCUACUUUUCAUCAAGUAGAAACACCAGAAUACGGAGAGAUUAUAGUCGAAAGUCAACUCGACAAACCAGACCAGCCAUCGCCAUUCAAAGGACUCAGAAGCGAUUUUCCAUGUGUUUCAAGAAAUGCAAUGUCCGGCCCAGAGCCAGAAUACGACAAUAUCACCAAGGGAUAUAAAUUAUUCGUUGACAACAAGCCAUUUUAUCUCAAGUACAAUGAAGGAGUUUUACCAGAAUUGAAUGUGGCUUAUGAAACCUGGGGCACCCUCAAUGAGGACCGCAGCAACGCUGUCAUCAUCCACGCUGGCCUUUCGGCCAGCUCCCAUGCCAAGAGUCAUGUGGAUAAUCCCAAGCCAGGCUGGUGGGAAAAAUUUGUUGGUCCUGGUCGUGCUGUGGACACUUCCAAAUAUUUUGUUAUUUGCACCAACAAUUUGGGUGGAUGCUAUGGCACCUCAGGACCAUCCACUAUCAAUCCUCUUACAAACAAGCCAUUUGCUACUACAUUUCCCAUAUUGAGUGUGGAUGACAUGGUUAACGCACAGUUUCGACUGCUAGAUCACCUGGGCAUAGAAAAGCUUUAUGCAUCAGUGGGAUCGUCACUUGGUGGGAUGCUCUCAUUGAUGACAGCUGCGCUCCACCCAGACCGUGUUGAGAGAGUUGUGUCAAUUUCAUCAUGUGGUCAGUCUCACCCAUCUUCUAUUGCCUUGAGGUAUCUGCAGCGCAAAUGCAUCAUGUGUGACCCCAACUGGAACAGAGGGCAUUAUUAUGGUGGGACUUUUCCAAAGAUUGGUAUGAAACUUGCAAGAGAAAUUGCCACAAUGACUUACCGAAGUGGUCCGGAAUGGGACGAGCGUUUUGGACGCAAGCGUAUCAGUGAAGAAGAUCCAUCACUGUGCCCCACAUUUUUGAUUGAGAGCUACCUGGAACAUCAAGGAGAAAGUUUUAGCACAAAAUUUGACCCCAAUUCUCUUCUGUAUAUAUCAAAGGCAAUGGACAUGUUUGAUGUGGCAGAGGGCUUUCCAUCUUUGGAGGCAGGACUGGCACGAAUAAAGUGCCCAAUAAUGGUAAUUGGUGUUCAGACCGACAUUCUUUUUCCCAUCUGGCAACAGCGGGAACUUUCUGCUACCCUUCAGAAAGCAGGUAACAAUGCUGUAACAUAUUACGAACUUAACUCCAUCUAUGGACAUGACACUUUCCUCUUGGACCUGAAUGGUGUUGGAGCUGGAGUCAAGGGAUUUCUGGAAACGCAUCAGAUAGAGUCUGGGAAUCUGAGCAAGAGCACGCAACUGGAUCAGGACAGAAAGCACUUCUAGACUGGCUCUAACUGAGCAGCCACAGGGAUGUUUGGCUUAAAGUCAGUUCAGAUAUGCUAUGGUCACUCUGCCUUCAUUUUCACUUUUGUUGCUUCUCUCACACACGUCAUCUGAAUCUCUGAAUGAAAUAUGCAAAUCCCAAAGACUUGUAUAAGAAAAAAUUUCCACAAGUUUUGUAUAUAAAGACAUUCCUUCCCUUUGAGUUAUAUUUGCUGUGUGGCUUGAAUUUGCUGUGUGGCUUGAACAAGAUUUGCUGUAGUUGCCUCAGUUGACUAACAGUAUACUUAGUGUGAUAGUAAUGUGACAAAGCAGAUAACUUACUCUCACAGUCACAGCAGGAAGAGGAACAGACAGUAAAAGAAAGUUCUGUGAACUCGGGCAAGAAUUGCUUUUUUUAAAAAAAUCGUCUUCUUCACCGAUUCCUCGCUGUCAAUAAAACAUAACCAAAAUUCUGCCAAUUGUGCUGCCUUGAACUGAGAAGGAUUGGCUCCUUUCGAAAAUUUGUAAUCAACAAUGCUACUAGAAGUUUUUGCCACCUCAUACUAUCGAGAUUUGACUACUGCCAUGCAUUCUUAGAUGGUUGUCACAAAGACACAAGGAAGAGGAUGGGGAGUUUAAUAUUCUUCUGCCUGGCCUACUUUCAUAGCACAUCCUCAUCGAUCUUGCCUUCAUUUUAUGAUGAUGCUGCAGCAGCUUACUGAGUGUGAAAUAGAAGAUUACUUGUAUGUGUUAUACCAUUAUUACAAAUGCAGCUUCUAGCUAAUUCAGUCUCUUGUUACACACCACCUCAUUUUCUCUCUUCUUCCUACACACGCAGGCGUCAUCUAACAAGAAUACUGUCUCUUUUUCUACUAUGAACUUCAGCUCAGGGAUUCUUUGCCCUACAAUGUUAGACAAUCCCUCACAGCUUUUAAACCUGACCCUGUACAUAGAACCAAAGCUACAGAUUUAUGGCUACUAAGGUUUUAUAUCAUGUUAAGUAAGAACUUGGUAGGGCUAAAUUCCGAGCUCUUACAGCUCUUUCUGUGGUGGAGAAUGUCACAUAACACAUCCAACAUCACUAUAUUCACACGUUUAUUCAAAAUAAUAAAAAAACAAUGAGAUGUAUCCCAGGACAGAAAUGCUCAGAGAGAAGUAUUGUAGCUGUCCACUGAGCCUGAUCUUUUAGCAGUAUGCAUACCUUGCUGGACAUGCAAUUGGUGUUUGUCCUGUUUUAUAUGAGUGGUGAAAAUGUGCAUACCUAGUACAUGUGCCUUAUAAAUACUGGACUUUAUUACUGAAGUGUCCAGUACAGGAGCAAGAAAACAGUGCUUGAACUUAGUAUGAACAUGAGGAACACUUUCUUUUUUAAUUUUAAUUGUGAGGGGACUAGCGUAUUUAGGUGAUUUUCUUGUUUGAAUUGUAUUAUUGAUUUUUAAUGAAUGAAUACUCCACAGAAGUUUGGAAAACUGCACAAUGGAAUUUAAAGCAUAAUAAACUUUUCUGAUUGCAAAAUCAUUUAAGCCAGGAGAAUUACUUUGUAUAGACAAAUUACAAGUUUUACUUUCAAAUUCUAAAUUUUGCUUCUCUGCCUUGUGGCUAUGAUCAAAGUGUAUUUUCAGAGACAGCAAUGCAAAAUUAGUCUGAUACCUGUUGUCAGGCAUAAAAUUAUUGAUGCAGGAAAUUAUUUUGGGGGCUUGUGUACAUUGUAUUUGUAUUUUAUGUUCUUUUUUAUUAAAUUACUGGUGUACUUUUCCCAAAUGCUAAUCAUUAUGCCAUGAAGUGGUGUGGCUGCUAUCAAAAUUUGCUGUGACUGUAGUAUGCUGUUACAAACCAAGGUUUUCAAAACAUGGGGCUGCUUUUAUUUUCUGUCAUUGGUUUUUACAACUGUUUUUGUUUAUAUUGAUUUACUUUGACAGGUAAAUGUUUUAUAAUGGUGUAAAUACACUUAAGGUUUCCCCUGUUGUUGAUGACUGGCAUACAGAAGUGCAAGUAUGGGUGGCUGCAUAUGUAUUAAUAAACUGUGCUUUGGAA